UGCAAAAACUACACCAAACAUGCCAGAUCCAAGUCUUCUCUUUCUCAAGAUAAGUUAGCUAACCCUAACUCUAGUGCUGCUAUUGUCUUCUGCAAGUAAGGAAAAUAAGCACUUAGAAAUUUCAGAGAAGCUGGCAUCAUAUAAUAGUAUUGAUUAGUAAGAGUUUUUGUCAAGUUGGACAGAUAGGGUGAGUUUACAAGCUGUGAAUUCUUGGUUGGUGACACCCAAAAUGUCCAAAAGUCCACUUGUUCUUCUUUUCUCUUCUUCUUUAUGAUGAAGAAUAUGUGAGUUUCUUGAUUCAACAAACCCCCCUUGCAAAAGUAAGAAAACAGGAAAAAAGAAUAUGAGUUAAAGAAACCAACCAAAGUCUACUCAUUUUCUUUUUCAACCUUUCCCCACUAUCUACCUUUCAUAUCAUUACAUCCUUUCCCUUUCUUGUACUUUCAUUUUCUUUGCUUCUCCAACUCUAUUUCUCCGGUCUUAUCAUCUCCAUAUCUUAUCGAAGAAAUAGAGAAUAACAUAAGCGGAUUCAAGAUUUAGAGUCAACGGGGUCAAAGUAGACGCGAUCUAUUAGAUAUUUGCAUUUUCAACUUCUUUGUUUUCUUCGGGUAAGUGAUUCUAACAAAAUUAGUGGUUUAGUUGAAUCCGCUGAACCUGCUCUAGAUCUGCCUCUGAGAAUUAAACCAAAAGAGUAUGGAUCCGUCGAACAAUUCACUCCCCCCUCCUUUCCAUACAAGAAAUUUUAACUUACAACACCACCAACAGCAGCAGCUACACCACCUUCAAUUCCAACACAACUCAGAAGAUGAACAAAGUGGAACAAGUGGCCUAAACAUGUCCGGGCAAAAGAGAGAUCGCGAAGACAACAACGACGACAACAACAACAAUAACAAUAAUAAUUCGAAUGCUGAGGAAUCAAACGACGAAUUAGGUUCUAAUGGAACCAAUAGAGAUGGGGAGUUCAAUAGAAGGCCUAGAGGUAGACCUGCUGGAUCCAAGAACAAACCCAAGGCACCAAUUAUCAUCACUAGAGAUAGUGCAAAUGCCCUUAGAACUCAUGUCAUGGAAAUUGCAGAUGGUUGUGAUAUUAUGGAAAGUGUUUCAAAUUUUUCAAGAAGACGUCAAAGAGGGGUUUGUAUUAUGAGUGGAACAGGCAAUGUUACUAAUGUAAACCUAAGACAACCAGCUUCACCAGGUGCGAUUGCAACCCUACAUGGGCGUUUUGAGAUUUUAUCCUUAGCCGGAUCAUUUCUACCACCACCAGCACCACCAGCAGCGUCAGGAUUGACUAUAUAUUUAGCCGGCGGACAAGGACAAGUGGUGGGAGGUUGUGUGGUAGGGGCACUAAUGGCAUCCGGUCCGGUUGUGAUUAUGGCAGCUUCGUUUAGCAAUGCAGCUUAUGAAAGACUUCCACUAGAGGAGGAGGAUUCAAAUUCGCUUCCACCUCAAGGAGGUUCACUAGGUUCUCCUCGAGCUAUUGCUCCAGGAGAACGACAACAACAACAACAAUUAUUAACUGACCCGUCGUUGUUUCAUGGAAUGCCACCCAACCUUCUCAACAAUGUUCAAUUACCUUCUGAGGGUUAUUGGGCAACUGGUCAACCUCCAUUCUAACUAGCUGAAAUUCACAGACGACGGGUCGGGUAAUUUUCUUUGAUUCACUUUUUUAAGGUCAUGGCCCUCCAGUUUUGGAUCAUAUCCAAAACUCGAGGGCCAUAACCUUUAAUCUCUCAGUAGUCUUCAAGAAAUCUUAGCAAUGAUUUCUAGGUAAAGGGUUUUCGUGUGUUGACCAUUUCAAGUUCUUCAUAUAAUGUUCCUUUUAGUAACAUUACACUUUGAAUUUUAAGUCCUUUUUCAGGUUUUUCGAAUGUGAGUUUGAUAUGAUGAUCAAAUGAUAUGAAAUAUUUGUCAUUUGACAUGUGCUGAAUGUUGUAAAAUCCUUUUUUUCUAUA